CGUCGGUUCAUGAAUCCCGAUACGAGCCCUGCAUGCCAGGGCGGGCUGGUAUAUAUAAGAUUGCGCUGGUCGAUGUCCUGAUGAAAAGGUUGUUCGAUUUUCCCUCUUUCUCCUAGAUAUUCCCGGUGGUUUCGCCCCCGUUUGCCCGACUUCACCGCGUUGUUCCUUUGAUCUUAGAAGACGACUCUACAUUACAUUCUGUGUCUGAACAAUAUAAAUGCUGGCCGAAACCGAAAACCCCGUCAGCAACGGAGAUCCACCGAAGCUCCGGGCUGCUUGCGAAAAUUGCAGACAGUCGAAGGUGAAAUGUAACCUAUCUGGGAAGGACACCUGCAUUCGCUGUAUGCGUCAUGGGCUGCCCUGUCGGUAUCGCGUCGCCAAUCGUUCUGGGAAGCCAAAAGGGAGCAAGAACCGGGCCACGCUGCGAAAACUUGGGCAGUUGCAAGACGAGAAGAAGCCUACAAUACCUGCCAACGGAUGGGUAGAAUCGGUAGCCAAAGGACAACCGCCUCGUGUCAGCUAUGAUACUGACAACGGGGUCGACGCAACGAGUACGCAAAGCACGAGCCCAGCCAGUCAGUCCAGAAGCCCUGAUAGCCACGGGGCAAAUAUGACUGACACGACGUUGCUGACCGAUCCAACCAUGGAGUAUCCGUCAAUAGGGGAGACGUUGGCCCCUAUGUUCAAUCCCUCCAUGUCACCACCAUUCCUUCCCAAAGAGUUCAUCUCCCGGGGCUUCACCGGCUGUCCGCUCGCCGUCCACAUCCCCAACCCAUUACAGCCCUGUGAAUGCACCAACGCACUCCUAUACAACGUAAACCAGAUCCGGAACAUGCUGGCAGACAGCAUGCAUCUACGGCUGGACCAGAUUUUACAGGGCAUCAAGAUCGCAUUGACCGUGUGUCGGAACUUUCUCCGAUGUCCCAAUUGCCACAAGGACCACACAAACCUACUGUAUUCAGUAUCCAUACUGGAUAUCACACUUCAGCUCUUCGAGUAUUGGACAUCGUAUGAGCUCUCAUCCGCGCCGGCUGGCGGCCACAACAUGAUCGUCCCCUACGGCGACUACGAGAUGGGCCCGGACGAGACGCGCCGGAUCCGCCGGUACCUCAUCCGAGGACGGGCCCUGCAGUGCCGAGAGGUACUGGGACUGCUCAAGGACGCAGUUGAAAUGAGCCGACAUCUGAGUCCCGAGCUCCGGGAGCUCAAUGGGACGGACGGAUUGGAGGUGGAAUGGUUCCAGCAGAUGCUGGGGGGGUAUGAUACGAUGAAGAAAGGAAAAAGAAAAAAGAUGGACCGUCUUUCCCAAAUAACCUCCCACCUGAACUACCCCCACGGCCUGCUCGCCAACCAAGUCGCCAUCAUCACCGGCGCAGGCCAAGGCAUCGGCGCCGAAACCGCCCGCUUGUUCGCCAACGAGGGAGCAAAGGUGAUUAUAGCUGAUAUAGACGGAGAAAAAGCCACCGCCGUCGCAACCUCCAUCAACGCAACCCACAAUAGUACUACCCCCCGGGCACUCGCAGUCCCCGGUGACAUUCUCAACGACGCAUACAUUGAAGAACUCGUCACCAAGGCCGCGGACUUCGGUGGUGGGAAAAUCCAUAUCAUUGUCAAUAAUGCAGGGUUUACUUGGGAUGGGGUUAUACAUAAGAUGACAGAUACGCAAUUCAACACCAUGCUGGCCAUCCACGCGACAGCCCCAUUUAAACUCAUCCGCGCGGCAGCAAAAUACUUCCGCGUGAAGGACGGCGAAUCCCGCGUUGUGAUCAAUAUUAGUAGUACGAGUGGGGUGCAUGGGAAUGCCGGCCAAGCCAACUACGCCGUCGCGAAAGCAGGCAUAACCGGACUAACCAAAACCAUUGCGAAAGAAUGGGGUCCUGCGUUUGGUGUGAGGGCGAAUACCAUCGCGUUUGGGUUCGUGAAUACCCGGUUGACUGCGGCCAAGGAGGACGGGGCGUUUAUUGCCAUGGCGGAUGGGACGAAGGUGGCGUUGGGGAUUCCGGGGAAGCAGUUGGAUAGUAGACGGACUGGAGGUGGAGCAUCUACUGAGCAGAAGAAGAAGGGUCCUGAGUAUCCUGAUAUUCCACUGGGACGGCCGGCUAGUCCGGAGGAAGCGGCGAGGGCGGUGUUGGGAGUGGCCAGUCCGUUGUUUUCGUAUGUGAGUGGGGAGACGAUUAGGGUUACGGGGGGGAGGAAUAUGUAA